AUGGCAUUCGCCUGGAAAGCCGCUGGUCUCACCUACAACCGCUACCUGACCGUUGCCGCUCGCGCGGUCCGCAGGUCUCUCAAGGACGGUCCUCGUGCUGCUGCUGAGCGCCGUGGAAACAUGGACUUGCGUUUCGCCAAGUGGGAGAACGGCAAGCAGGGUGAAGUCAAGUCCCUCGCCCAGGCCAACAACGAGGCCCUUGCUGCCCAGGCCGAGUCGAAAUAAAUAACUCCCGCCGAUGUGUGAACACGAGACAUAGGAUGUAUUCUGGGUGAAGAUGUCGAGACCUCGGGUGGAAGCCUUACGCAGGAAAGGACUGGAUCUCUGUAGCAAUACUGGCCCC